AUGGCGUCUACGCAGCUCCCCCUGGAAACCCUCUCGACCUGGGCCAUGUUCAAUGACGUAGACCUCGUCGACGUCGAGGCCCGCGAAAUCCCCGGUUGCGGUUUGGGUCUACUUUCGAACAAGGAGCUUAGUCGAGAGGAAGAGACCUUUGAUAUUCCAACCUUGCUCAGGAUUCCCGGCGAGCUGGUUUUAUCCGCUGAAGCUGUUGAGAACUAUGCAAAGGUCGACAAGAACUUUCGGCAGCUGCUCGAGGUCGCUGGUCACAAGUCGGCCACGGCCGCCAAAAUUGUUGCGUUGACAGACGAGUUUGACGAGCUCCGAGAUAUUUCUGCGACUUUACCAUUUUGGAACGAGCUGUUUUGGGAAAGCGACAAGGUGUCACUCAUUGAUUGGGUUCGGGUUGACGCGUGGUUUCGGUCCCGAUGCCUGGAGCUCCCCAAAUCAGGGGAAGCCAUGGUCCCGGUACUAGACUUGGCAAAUCACUCAUCCAAGGCCAAUGCUUAUUACGAAGAGAAUGGCAAGGACGAGGUGGUACUACUUCUGCGACCCGGAUGCAGGGUCACGUCUGGGGACGAAAUGACAAUCUCCUACGGGGACGCGAAAUCCGGGGCAGAGAUGCUCUUCAGCUAUGGGUUCAUUGACCCCGCGUCAGCCGCCGACCGGAUCACGCUGCCCUUGAUACCCAUGGAAGACGACCCGCUGGGUAAGGCGAAGCUGCACGUCUUUGAAGGAGCACCGACAGUGGAGUUUGUCCGGACGAAUGGCUCACUCAGCUGGAAGAGCCCCUUUGCCUAUUUCCUGUGCCUCAAUGAGGAGGACGGCCUGUCGUUUCGCGUUUUGCAGGACACCGGAGGUUCACGGGAGCUAAAACUAUUCUGGCAGGAAGAGGAUGUGACCGCGACGACAACAGCUUUCGAGCAACACAUCAAUGAACACCCCUUGGCUCAAAUAUUUCGUCUUCGGGUGGUUUCCGUUUUGGAGGAUCUGGUGGCCAGUCAGCUUGAGCGACUGGCCACCGGUAUGUCUCUGGAAGACCUCGACGAGUCCCUGAACGAAGGAGGUCUCGUCUGUGGAACAUGCAUCGGUGCAGCUGCAACGCUGAGGGAGCAAGAGACGAGUUUACUAGAAGCUGCCGUAAAGGCUCUGGAGGACCAGACUUCCCCCGCGUGUGGCGCCAAGACUAACAAGGGUGGGCGAUGUGCCCCAACCUGGCAGAAAACACAACUCCUCGCAGACGAAAACGUGGUGGCUUAUCUCGGGUCGAUGGAAGAUGCCCAAAACGACCUAGUCCACGACGAGUUAUCCAAUGAAGACGAAGACUUCAGUUAG